AUGACCGACGUUCUAUGCCUAGAAAACCCUCGUGAUGAGGAAACAGAAGUCAUUUCCAGACAUCUGGACCCUCGAUUUACCGGGGCUUCUGAAGGCAUCGUUGAUGUGCAAGCUGGGUCAACUGCAGAUCACAAUGACAACCAACAGUCGUCUCUUAAAUUGCUAGGAGGCGAGAUACAUCGUGACCUCUAUCGCAUUGAAGCUCGCUCGAAGCGGGCCGGAUUGGAUCAGCGCGCAGCAACAUUUUCGCAUCCCUCAAGGCUGGAAACAGACAAUGACAUCGAUGUCGAUAUUCCUAUCCGCAAUGGUCCGGGAGCGUUCCGCCGGCAGUUCAUAUGGCGAAACAAGCGUGCCUUCAUCAGCGGAUUUGCGCCGAGUAGCUUCGUGAAGUACUUAGAAUUGUACGGCAAAUUCGCUGGUGAGGACCUAAACGAGUCGGAAGAGGAGACAGAUGCUGGAAGUGGUAGAACGCCGGGACGUGGAGCAGACCCGGAAAGAAGACCAUUACUUGCGGGCGGUAAAAGCUCUUUAGGGGAUGCCUCAGACUUAAAAACUUUCUUCACACUCCUCAAAGCCUUCAUAGGAACAGGCAUCGUUUUCCUCCCGAAGGCGUUCCGCAACGGUGGCUUACUCUUUUCACCCAUCGCCCUCCUCACGGUUUCAAUAAUGACGUCCUUUUCUUUCCAUUUGCUGCUCGAAUGCCGGCGACGCUUUGGCGGUGGGUACGGCGAUAUUGGAGAAUCUAUUGGUGGGUGGCAUCUUCGCACACUUAUUCGCGUUUCGGUCGUAACUACGCAGCUUGGAUUCGUGUGCGCUGCUAUUGCUUUUACUGCGGAGAACGUGCGCUCAUUUGUUGAGGGCGUGGUGGCCUAUCAUACAAGUACACCGUCAAUUUCCGCAAUCAUCGCCUUGCAGUUAGUGAUUCUUGUGCCCCUUGCGUUAAUUCGCAAAAUCUCCCGACUCGGGCUAUUGGCAUUACUUGCGGAUGUCUUCAUCUUUGUCGCCAUUGCAUACAUUUAUUACUAUGAUAUUUCGACGAUUUCCCGCAGUGGUUUCGAGCCCUCGGUCACUCUUUUUAACACCACAUAUACGCUGACGAUCGGUUCGUGCAUAUUCAUGUUUGAGGGUAUAGGCCUGAUCCUUCCCAUACAAUCUUCGAUGUCACAACCACAUCAUUUCGAUCGCAUCCUCUACAGUGUCAUGGCCCUUAUAACCUUUCUCUUUGCUUCCGUGGGGAUAUUAUCAUAUGGGGCAUUUGGCAGUCAGACAAUGAUCAAUAUCAUGAAUAACUUCCCGCAGUCGGAUAAAUUAGUCAACUUUGUUCGGUUAUCCUUCUCGCUAGCCGUGCUUGUGGGCACCCCGGUUCAGCUUUUUCCUGCUUUGCGGAUCAUGGAGGAAAGGUUAUUUGACCGCGCCUCUGGCCGGCGAGGCCACCUUACGAAGUGGAAGAAGAAUAUUUUCAGAACAGGUAUUGUUAUUCUCUGUGGUUUAAUUGCCGCACUGGGCGCCCGGAACUUGGAUCAGUUCGUCGCUUUGGUUGGGUCCAUCUUAUGUGUUCCGUUGAUCUUUGUUUAUCCGGCGUAUCUACAUUGGAAAGGUAUUGCGAGUACACGGUGGGCAAAAGGAGUUGAUGUCUUCAUAUUUAUCAUGGGGAUUGCCUGCAUGAUAUAUACGACUAUGGUGACCUUGUUUGUACAGUUUAGCUGA